AAAAGUCCGAAACGACCAAUACCGCUACCACGAAAAUCAAAGCAAGAUGCUGUAUCAAGUAUUGACGAAAGUAGUACGAAUCGAUCAGAGAAAAUUGAAUCUCAGUCGUCAACUUCGAGCAGUGCAAAACUGAAAUUGCAAUCUAGUAAAGAGACGGCGAUCCUUAUUGAGAGCAGUGAUGAAGAACAAAUCACUGAAAAGCAAUUAGAUAACGGCGAAUUACGAGAGUGUGACGACUCAAAGCCGAACGAAGGAGCUUACACAUACAAUAAACUUAUGGCAAUAACGGUUCACAAAACUGAUCGAUUGCUAUUAGAUUCACUUGUAGUACAUCCGUUAGUUAAAGUUCACAUUGUAGAUAUGAGUAGCGGCAAUUACAUAUUAAAAAGUGACAACAAUCGGGCCGUAGUCUUCUAUUACGAAAAUAAAGGCAUAGAGUACAUUACACCGUUACUAUGCAAACCAUACGAUCUUCACAACAAUCACUCUGUUUGUCCGGAAUGGGAUGAAAUGUUGUUGAUCAACGAAGAUAUGACUUACAUACUCGAACAAGGCGUAAUUAUUUUCUUUGAACUGAUAGAUUUUGUGAGUUUUUCCGUGGCCAAUUCACAAACAAAACCAGAGGGUUGGCACAAGAUAGCGUGGGGAUUUCUAAAACCGCUAGGAAAAAAUGGAGAACUAAACAUUAACAAAAAGGUUCGUUUACAAUUGUAUCAAUCCCAUAAAUAUAAAAAAUGUCCGUCGAAUGUCUGCCCCAUAUUUCACUGGUGGAAGAAGAAAUUGGUCAAAUAUCCUUCGUCUCUCUACGUGAGCGUAUGCGAAAUCGAACCACCCGAGAGCACUACGAGAACAUUACGAUCGAAAACGCCCAUCCAACCGGAACGCGGUUCCUCCGAGACUUUAGAAACCGAUCCCGACCACCGGCGCAAUUCGCAGUUAUCGAACGAAAUUACCACCAUGAAGAAACAAGACCAAAAAUUAUGGUCCAGACUGAAUUACCAAACGUGUAAGUUGCCCAAUCGACGUAUUGCCGAACUUCCCAGUUUUAAGGAGGGCUGCUUCGUAAUGAAAUUCAGUCACGACGGUCUACACCUCUCUUGCGCCAUACAAAUCGACGCAAUGUACUUCGUAGUGCUGUACUCGGUAAAGGCGCUAGAAGAGAUUUACCGAUAUCCGGCCCAUCAGGGGAUGAUUUACAACAUAAAUUGGUCGGCUGAUGAUCGUUACAUCGUCAGUAGCUCCGCCGAUUGCACUGUGGGAAUUUGGAAUUUCGAACAACGCAGUUUUAUUGAAAUGCUGCCUCAUCCCAGCUUCGUGUACGCGAGCGAUGUUGAUCGAAACAAUACGAUUGCAACGGGUUGUUACGAUUAUACAGUUCGAAUGUGGGGACUUUCAUCCGAAACUUACGACCUGCUGCAAGAGUUGGAAGGUCACAAGGGCUACGUAACUUCCCUGUGCUUUGCGAGUAACCAUCACUCUUUGUACUCGGCCGAUUCGGUUGGAAUCGUAAUCGAGUGGAGGAGAGGUGAAGAUUCUCACCACCUUUGGAGUUUUAGCAGGGAGUACAAGUGGAUAGAUUUAAAGGAUACCAUUAUAAAUCAAAUUGUGUUACAUAAAAGAGAGCGUCGACUCUUAAUACAUGCCCGUGAUAGCACACUACGAUUGGUGGACCUUAAGACUGGAUGCACCCUUCAAUGGCUUCAAGGAGAAACUAACAAUAGGUUCAGAACAAUUUGUAGUUUUUCACCGUGCGGCACGUACAUAUUUGCAGGCGGCGAAAAUGGCACAGUAAGCGUUUGGAAUGCAGAUUUAGGCGAUCUGAUUGCCACUUAUGAGCCAUUCAACAAGCAGAGAGUAACGAUUCAUUGCGUACAGUUUCAUCCACAUGACAAUAUUUUGGCGAUUUCUCAUUAUGGACAUAACGUUCCUAUUCUGAUUGCAGUGUUUGAUCAUACUAUAAGCGGGGAGAGUAACAUUGGGUUGAACAUUUUACAAAGGGACGAUGAAGUGCGCGUUGACUAUAACCAGGUUGGUACGAAGACUGAAAUUGUGAGAAAGAAGUCUAACAUGGUAGCAGCAAAGGGGCGUAGAAUUAAGCUUGAAAGUGUUAUAGAAAAAAUUAAUCAAAUUAUGGAGACACCAUCCAGUUAAAUGUGAAAAAAGAAAUGACAUUUUUUAA